AAAAAUGAUCGGAGAUAUCUCUUCAAAUGAAGAAGUAAAGCAUCCUCAGGAAAUCAUCCCUGAGUUCACUGGAACUGUCAGAGACUCUAUCAAUAUCUUUAAAAAACUCUCGAAGAAGAAGGAAAACCAGGGAACUCCUGAUUUUAAGCGAAACAAAAGAGAAACCAUCUCAAGUGAGGCAGCUGGUAACCUUGAUUGGGUUAAAACCAGUCGGGUAGGACAAUUCAGAACCUUUUUGCUUUUAAAAAUAGUAGGAGAAAGGCUAAAGUGACCCAAUCAGAGAAAUAAAAUCCGAAAUAUUUUCCCAUCACAGCCAAAUGUCAAGAAAACAUCAUUUAUUUCUAGUAAUAGAGCACUUAAGAGGGAACGGAGCCAACCAAAUGCAUUUUCAAGAAUCUCUUUCUUUAGGAGGAGUCAGGAAUAUGCUAGUAUUGGAGUUAAGGAAGGUGUUACCCACUCAACGCCACUUGAUGUAGCAACCCUGACUAACUUCUCAGAAGCAAUGAUAAAGGCAUAAAAUGCUCCUUUAGAGUGAAGGAGCUGGAGCAAGGACAGCAACAAUAACUUGAGCAAAGAGAAGAUUAAUAUAUUCAAAAAUACUCAGUCCUUCAAGCUUAAGCCAAAACAGCUAGCUGAAGUUUUAAAUCAGAAAGAAUCUGCAAAGGGGCAUACUCAUAAUAGUGCUAGGAAUAAGUCUUUUAGUAAUAGUUAAAAAGCUUGAAAUUGAGUCUAUUGAAGAACAAAACGAAGAGGUUGCCUCUCACAUUCUCGACGAAAACAUUGCUGAGGACUACAUAGACUCUUACCACAUAUACCUCUCCCUUGUUGAUAAAUUAACAAUUGAGGUGAUAAACUCGUAACUCCAACAUAUUAGGCUAAGAUCGGAGUAUGAAGAUAUUCAGCAUUGAUUUCUAGACACAGCUAUAGCUAGUUUGCUUCCAGGCAUCGUCAAGGA